GACCGUUUAUUCAGCUGCACAGCUGGCCCCACAGAGGAGACUUCACUCCCGAGACGAUGGCCCUGGCGUUGGCUCUGCUGGUGCUUUGCCAAGCGGCUUUACACACAACUGUAACAUCCAAGAGCGUAUGUGGACGUCCUUUUGUCUCCGAUGGCAUCGAACAGUCGACCCUGAAACGCGUGUAUGAGGUUGGAGAGGAGCUGACCCCCGCCUGUGAAAGGGGGUAUUUGCCUUCGACAGCGACCCCUCGAAGGAUGACCUGCACCGGAACAGGAGAAUGGACACAGUCAGACCUGGCAUGCUCCCCCAAGAUGUGCCCAAUCCCUCGACCUCUGCAGCCAUUAGCAAAGGGGAGGACGGAAGCUCCAUUCAAGAGUGUGCUUAACUACACAUGUGAUGCCGGGUACGUCAUGCUAGGCGCCAAUGAGAGCAGGUGUCUACAUGAUGCAACAUGGAGCAAUCCACCGCCUCUCUGCAAAGCCGUGAACUGUCCGCUGCCCAAGCCACCCAGAGAUGGAAGGAUCGCCUAUGACAAGCCAUUUACUGGCAGCACCACCGUGUACGGGCAAGGCUGGACCUACGAGUGUAACCCGCGCAUGGCUCCAAGUUUCGAGAGGGGAUCCUGCAUGGCAGAUGGAAGUACAACAGAGCCGCCGGUGUGCCGAGAGGUGAGCUGCGCCGCCCCAACGGGCAUCCCAAACGGCUUCGUCACCUUUGCUGUGAUUAGACGACACGGCUACAAGGAGACGGUCAAGUACGCCUGCAAUGACCAUUACACAAUGGAUGGAGAGGUUGAGAUACGGUGCCAAAACACAGGAAACUGGUCUGCCAAGCCAGUUUGCAGGGCUCCCUGCGCAGUUGGCAUCAAAAGAGGCCGUAUCUUCUACAAUGCCAAGAAGCUCUGGAUUGCGGACCUGAAACCCAACCGAGUCCUCCAUGGAGAACACGUUGGCUUCUAUUGUCUGAACAGAGAAGAGAGGUGCGGCUACACUGCUGUCAGCACCUGUAACGAUGGGACGCUUCCCAUCCCGGAGUGCUUUGAGGAGCCGGGCAAGGUGGAGUACACCUUAAGAGCCAAAUCUCUUCCAUCAGAAAUCACAAUGUGUGCUGCCUCCCCAUCUGCAAGACCUGCAUAACUCUAAACAGGAUGACCUGAAACUACAUAUGCACUAAGGGAAUAUGAAUGACUGGACCAAUACUAUGACAUGCGACAUGAGACAUGCGUCACCUUUUUUCCAGUUAUUGGUAAUAAAAUAAUGAAAAGACGUGUCUGAGUUCCAUCCACUGGUGCAUAGCAGUAGAUACUGCAACAUGCAGUACUGUGGUUACAAAAAAGAAAAUAGAAGAUAUAACCUCUGUGCAUCCAAGAGUCUACAUCAUUUACAGGGAGGUUUGAUACAAACUCACAUCUUGUUAAUAUAUGGAUCUAAUGUGAAUCUGAUCCCCCUCACAAGCUGGAACAGACCCUAACCACUAACAGGGGAUAUCAAAGUAUGAGCAACCCACAGAGGGGCUUGUUAUAACUGAUGAAGUGAAGAUAGUGGCACAAAAUAACACAAAGGCUGAAGCCAUGAAAACUUGUGUGUGAUUUUAACUUCUCACCUUUUGACAAAUAAAGCUUGUGUGCAUGCGUGUUCA